ACACUCUAGACGCUCCGCGGCCGCUGCCCCACCCCACCGGGCCUCAGCCCUCGAUCGCGCCCCGCCAGCUCACAGUGACUUCCCCCCGGGACCAUGCUGCGCUGGCUGCGGGCCUUCGUGCUGCCCACCGCCAUCUGCCAGGACGCGGAGCCGCCCACGCGCUACGAGACGCUCUUCCGGGCGCUGGACCGCAAUGGGGACGGCGUCGUGGACAUCGGAGAGUUGCAGCAGGGGCUGCAGAACCUGGGCAUCCCGCUGGGCCAGGACGCCGAGGAGAAAAUUUUCACCACGGGCGAUGUCAACAAAGAUGGGAAGCUAGAUUUUGAAGAAUUUAUGAAAUACCUAAAAGACCAUGAGAAGAAAAUGAAAUUAGCAUUUAAAAGUUUGGACAAGAAUAAUGAUGGGAAAAUCGAGCCUUCUGAAGUUGUCCAGUCUCUCCAGAUGCUGGGUUUACAUAUUUCUGAAAAGCAAGCAGAGCUGAUUCUUCAAAGCAUCGACUCUGAUGGGACAAUGACCGUGGACUGGAAUGAAUGGAGGGAUUACUUUUUAUUUAACCCCGUGACAGACAUUGAGGAAAUUAUCCGUUUCUGGAAACACUCUACUGGAAUUGACAUAGGGGAUAGUUUAACUAUUCCGGAUGAAUUCACAGAAGAUGAGAAAAAAUCAGGACAGUGGUGGCGGCAGCUCCUGGCAGGAGGUGUGGCUGGCGCCGUCUCUAGAACGAGCACCGCUCCUUUGGAUCGCCUCAAGGUGAUGAUGCAGGUUCAUGGAUCCAAAUCAAUGAAUAUAUUUGGAGGCUUUCGGCAGAUGGUAAAGGAAGGAGGAAUCCGUUCCCUUUGGAGAGGAAAUGGCACCAAUGUCAUUAAAAUAGCUCCUGAGACAGCUGUGAAGUUCUGGGCUUAUGAACAGUACAAAAAGUUGCUUACUGAGGAAGGACAAAAAUUAGGGACCUUUGAGAGGUUUAUCUCUGGUUCCAUGGCUGGAGCCACCGCGCAGACUUUCAUUUACCCCAUGGAGGUUUUGAAAACCCGGCUAGCUGUAGCCAAAACUGGACAAUACUCUGGAAUAUACGGUUGUGCCAAGAAGAUUUUGAAACACGAAGGCUUUGGGGCUUUUUACAAAGGCUACGUUCCUAAUUUACUAGGCAUCAUUCCCUACGCAGGCAUUGAUCUCGCCGUGUACGAGCUUUUGAAGACUUAUUGGCUGGACAACUUUGCAAAAGACUCUGUCAACCCUGGCGUGGUGGUGCUGCUGGGCUGUGGAGCCCUAUCCAGCACCUGCGGGCAGCUGGCCAGCUACCCCCUGGCUUUGGUGAGGACUCGCAUGCAGGCACAAGCCAUGGUAGAAGGAGCCCCGCAGCUGAGCAUGGUUGGCCUUUUUCAGCGAAUAGUCUCCAAAGAAGGCGUGUCAGGACUUUACAGGGGUAUCACCCCAAAUUUCAUGAAAGUGCUCCCUGCCGUGGGCAUCAGCUACGUGGUGUAUGAAAAUAUGAAGCAGACGCUGGGAGUAGCUCAGAAGUGAUGAGCACAAGCCUUUGCUUUUCCGUGAUGACCGAGACAGUACUCUCCAGUGACUUCCGGGAUUGCCGCAAGUCUGUCACAAAAGAAGCUGUUUCCUGCCAAAUGGAAUAGUGUGGCCAUGGUCAAGUCAAGCCUCUGAGUUCAGUUUUAUACCUUCAGUAAUGUUCAGAAUCAUAGCUUCAGUCAGCGAAGAAACCACAAGAUUGGCCUUUACUUUUGCUGAUAGAGAUCUCUGCCCUGUAUCCUAAAUCUGAAAAUGUACUGGCUUGAGCUGAAAUCAUUUGUGUGGUAGGAUUAUAAAUCACUAACCUUUGUUCAGAUUGGUUCAAGCUCAUGUCAAUUUGUUUUUAGCCAAUUUAAAAAAAACCAAAAUGAUCAGAAAGCUUUGGGAAUUAAAUUUAUAUAUCUAUUAUAUUCCUUAUAGAUGUAAAAUUCCCUGACAGUCAUUAGUAGAGAAAUCACUAUAUUUAAAGUCUAUCUUGCACAGUUUAUCUCCUCAUCUGUAAGAAGAAUAGGAAUGGAUUAUAGAAGCCACACUCAGUGGACAGGGGCCACGAGGUAAUGUUUGUUUCAGUAGACAUCCUUCUUUUUACUUGUCCUGCUGCUUGGCCCCCAGUUUUAGACCUUGAUUAAUGUUGUUGUUACAUUAUUGACAGGGGACAGGUCAUUUGGGAGAUCCUAUUUUUUCGGUCAUUGCAUUGAAAAGCACCAAUGAACAAAACUGUGACUUGUAGCAUUUCUCAGAGAGCAUCCUGGUUUUGUUCAUUUUUUUUUUUUUUUACUUGUUUAAUCAAAUUCUCUCAAUCAGGAGGUUUGCUUGGGGCCUUCAUAACAUCUGGAGCUGCUCUUCUCCUGACUUGAGUGCUGAUUUCAGGUGAACCUGUGACACAGGUUCAAAGUGACACAAAGCUAAGGCACCAGCACAUUUCAAUAGUAGUAUAUAUUCAUCUUACCUGUUUUAAUGAAAGGCUCAAUCUGUAUACAUACACAUCUACAUAUUCAUUUGCCCCAAGAUCCAGGAAGAUGACAGAAAAUUUGUAGUAUCAAUAACAUUUCAAAUUUUUUAAACUAAAGCUGAUUUUGUAGUCAAUUAUCUUUUAUGAUUUGUUUUAAAACUUAGAAAAAUGUUAUAUUUUCUAUAAGAAGAUGUUUGAUAGUCUUAGCCUGGCAAUAUUGGCACAUGCCAAUAUUAGCACUCAGGAGGCAGAGGUGGGCAUAUCUCUGAGUUUGAGGCCAGCCUGGUCUAUAGAGUUCCAGGGCACCAGGGCUACACAGAGAAACCCUGUGUCCAAAACAAAGACAAAAACAAACAAACAAACAAACAAACAAAAGAUAGUUUUAACAUUUUAAGAUUUAGUCCAUGUAUUCACGUGGUUUCUGGUAAUUUCUUUUAUAGUUGCCUUCUGAAAAGUCUAGUAGAGAUCUUUGCCUUUAACCUACCUACCUCUUUUAUUUUUUUGAACCAAAGAGAAAGAUGGCCUUGUGUUGAUGAAAUUUAUUCUAAAACAGUUUGAUUUAUAUUACCGAUGCCAGCUAUUGUCUUGGUAUUUUUGUACUAUAUAAGGGAAGAAGGGGAUGCUUAUCUUCAGGGUUAUUGUACUUUGGAGUAAUAUGUAGAGUGAAAAUAUUAAGGUAUAUGAUUCACUACUUUUUUAUGAGUAACAAUUAUGGAAAUGCAUAAUUCUGUUAAUGUCUUUGAAAUUUUAAGUUGAUAAAAACUAUGAAAAUAUCCAUACUUCAUUAUGAAAUUAAAUUGUCCCCCAGUGAACAUGUGUAAGGUAUGACUGAUUUAUCUGUACAUCUUGUAUCUUUUGGGGGGAAAAAACCCUCGUAUUGAACACAGUUUAUUCUGAUAUCGCUACAUAGACACAGCUCAUUUGUAUUAAAGAUAUUUGUCUGUUUUUAAAAUGA